AUGGCCAGCAACGCCACCACGGAACCCGACUCAUCACUAGUCUGGCUCAUAACCGGCUGCUCCUCCGGCUUCGGCAUCGAAUUCGUCCGCCAGAUCCUCGCCCGCGGCGACCGCGUCAUCGCUACAGCCCGCAACCCCUCCAAGGUCGCAAAUCACCCAAAUCUCCCUCAGGCCGAUGAUCGUUUAUGGCUACUCGCACUUGAUGUGACCGCGAGUCAAGAGUCCUUGAAUGAGACCAUCGCAAUUGCUAUCAAGAUAUACGGGAAGAUCGACGUCUUGGUGAAUAACGCUGGCUAUGUGGCGUUGGGCGGUUGGGAGGACUUGGGAUAUGAGGGGUUCGUCAAGCAGUUCGAGACCAACGUGUUCGGCCUGAUGAAGGUCACCAACGCGGUACUUCCGCAUAUGCGAGAGCGUAGGACGGGAACGCUGGUGUUUAUCAGUUCGCUUUCGGGGUGGAAGGGGGAUGGGUUCUGUGGAGCGUAUGGGGCGAGUAAAUUUGCUGUUGAGGGAAUGGUCGAAGCCCUCCAGGAAGAAGUCGCACCACUCGGCAUCCGCACAUUGCUCAUCGAGCCCGGAAUGUUCCGCACCAACUUGCUGUCGCCCGGCAACGUGCUCGGCAACGUUUCCCAGAUUGACGAUUACAAGAAAGGGUCAGAAGCGAUACUGGGUACCUUUGCCAACGCGGACUUGAAGCAGAGAGGUGACCCGGUAGAGGGUGUCAGGAUUAUCUUGGAUGUUGUCCGCAAUGAGGGGGUUGCUUCUGCUGAACAGCAGGCUGAGCGGAACGGGCCUCUGAAGUUGAGGUUGCCGUUGGGACCGGAUGCUUAUGAGACUCUGAAGAAGAAGUGCGAUGAGACGUUGGAACUGUUGAGUGGGUGGGAGAGUGUGGUUAAGAGUACGGAUGUUCGUGAGUGA